CCAGCACUCUUGUUCUCAUCAACUAUUUGUCCUUCUUACUCAACGCUUCGCAAGUAACCUUGAGAGAGAUCCUUCAAAGCCACAGUCAUGCGCUCUCCUCGAAGUCCUCGGUCCCCUACGCCUCGUCAAGGUUCUCGUAUCAGUGCUCACAUCGAUUCUCCUGGAGAGACUGGCGGCACUUCCGACUCUUCGUUCUUGUUGUCAAACUUUGCUUUACGAAGAUGCUCCUUUUGCGCCUCUCGAAACUCCACUUAUCUACUCCGACUCAUACUUCCAGAGAGAAGAUGGGUUCUGUUUGACCUCCAGAAAGCUCACGAAGUAGUUCAGCAGCGUGCCGCCGCACUCGCCAAGUCUGCAGGAUACUCCACCACUGCUCUGGAUGGAGAAACACAUGUCGCAGUUUCCGGACAUUCGGAUCCUGUCCCAGUAUCUGAGUCCGAGCUUUGCGACAGCUGUUCUCAACUACUCCCUCAACGAGAACAACCUACGAAUAAUCAGAACUCAGUCUGCAUUCUGUGUACUAGACGCCUGCCGGAGUACGUCUCAGUCGUUCUCGACGAAGAUAAGUCUAUCAGCAUUAUGCAUACCGCGAGCCUCAUGGAAAACUCCAAGUACUUCUCAGCCACCCUGAACCAAGGCUGGCUCGAGGUAAAUACCGGGGUGUUUCACCUCGAAGACACUUCUUCCAUUUCCUGGGCCAUCUUCACCCACUUCAUCGAGAGUGACAAUAGGCUAGACGAGAAUGCAGAUCUUCAAUGGAUCGAGGAGCUAGAAUUGGUUCGGGGCGAACUUACGCAAGACGAAUUCCCUCAAGCCGAUAAAACAGAAAUUACUUCCGACGAGUCGGACAUCGUCAUCGAUAGACUGGUAGACUGCUACCUGCUGGGAGAAUAUAUUCAGUCGCCAAGAUUCUGCAACUCCAUUGCAGAUCUGCUGAAUUACCGUUUCAGAGACUUUCUUCACAGAGAAGAUUUACUGCCUCUGUGGCCAAUGCACAAAGCCUUCUCGGGCAUUCGUGGCUCGGGAAUGCAGCGAUUGAUGGCGGACCUGAUGGAGUUUGCUCUGUCGGAAAAGACAUUAAGCCUUGCAGUCCGCAAGGGUUAUGUUUGUGAAGCGGCUACUGCAGAGAUUGCCUUGUCUAGCUUUCGAGCUCGGGAGAGAAAGAUGAGCGAGAGAGCUCCGUGGCUGAAGCAUCAAUGCAUUUACCAUGACCAUCCAGAUGGGGGAUUCAAGGCUCCAUGUGAUGAUAUGCUAGAGGUGCAUGACUGUACGGGAGAGCAGGUUUGGGAGUCACCGGGCUGGGACAACUUUCGUGAUGGUGUUGGGAAUUGGUGA